GUUUAUUAGAUUUUUUGCGAAAGUAGUCAAUCAUUAAAGCUAUGUUUGUCUCUUGUAUCAGCAAUACAAUGGGGGUUUUAAAGGCCGAUACAUUACCUAUACAUUAUCUUCUCAGUACUGAAUUUGUCGAACGGAUUUUUGUUUACAAUUUCAUUUCCGCGAUUAACGAAACUUUUCUUUUCGUCGCGGGAAGAUACAAAAUCCGAUUUUUAGAAGAAACGAAAAAGUUCCUGUCGCCUCUAGCCACGUUUGUAUUUUUUAGCCGAUUCCUAAUCGCUCAUCAUGAUUUACCGGCUUGUCCACAUCAGACUGACAGCAUAGUUGGCUUCUCGGACAAUAAACUUGGCAACGCCAGUAGUUCCUAGAAAUCUAUUUUCAGUUGAGACAUCCAGCUUUGAUAUUU